UUUCAUUUUGCUUUGGAACGCUGCUCUGAUGACUGGUUGGUGCUAAUUGUCCAUAAAGAGAAACAAUAUUAAUUUUAUUAAAGGGCUAAAACUAAAAAAGUACGACAGUAUUUAAAUGCAGUCUUAAAAUAUUGUAUAGCAUCCAAAGCUCAUUGCAAUUAUAUCGAUUCAAUUCAUUGCAAUAAACAAAAACACGAAAAAAUAAAAGACUCUUUAAAAAAUGAAAUUUACAUCUUGUGAUAAAAGCAACAAGGAAAAUAGCAGAACAGCAAAUGCAAGGUUUUGUGAGCAGUAUAGUUUUUUGGAGUCUCUUUUUGAGCAGUGGAAUAGUUGUGAGCGUACAGUCGUACUAUGUGCUCUCUUGAAACGCAUGUCCUUUUCGAAUCUCAAAUUUUUACAGCUAGCGAUUCAGCAAAAUAUCAUUCAGAAUUAUGGGCUACAAACAAAAUAUCAAGAAGAAGAAAGGGACUCGAACGAUGUUGCUUUUUUGAACCAGCUUGCAAAUAAAUACAAAAAAUUUGGAAAAGAUUCAUCAAAUAAUUGCUUAUCUAAAGACUCGUUGCUACACAACUCAAUUUCGUUUGCAAACUCUACUGAAAAUCUCGAUCAUUAUCAAAAGAAGCAGGAUAUUCUAACAGACCUUUUAACAUAUUUACCGUUGCUUAGACCACAAAAUGACGAAGCAAAAUCUGUUUAUAUGAAUUUAAUACCAUUUUUUGUGGAAGACUCUAUUCAACACAUUGUCCCAACUGAUCUGGUCCAACAAUUUUUUUCUUAUCUCCUCAUUCAUCCAGCAAUUACAUCAGAAGACCGCCGUUCUCUUAGUCAUUGGCUAAAACAUCUGCAAGAUCAUAUUUCGUCAAGCCUUACAACAAAACAGUUGCCUCUUGAUAACAAUUUUAAGUUUUCCGAUUUACAAUCACCAUAUUUAACCUCUUCCACUUCGUCACUAUCGUCGGCAUCAUGGAAAACCACUUUAGGUAACUUACAAACGGGCUCAAUGGUGUAUACACCAUCGCAUCAUGAUGUUUCAGACUGGGAUUUGACUAAUAUACAAAUGACUCAAGAUUUUUGCGAUGACUUGAAACAAAUUUCUUCUUCAUCUACCAAAAUUUCAAAAGCUUCGUCAAUCGUUGUAGGCAAUAAUUCUCAAUUGAAUCAAAACAACCAAAAGAACGCAUCCACUAGUCAUUUAGGCAAAGAGAAGGGAGGCAUGGAUGAUCUUCAUGUGUCUUUCAGUAAGAAUGGCACCGAAAUAUUCGACUUCGAAUACGAUGAUUAUAAAUCAAACACACAUGUCGGAUUUGAAACUAUAACUGGAACCGAUUAUUUAACAGUACCUGAAAGUAGUGGAGGAUCAUGGAAUACGAAUGGGACAGUUAAAACACGUCGUUCAAACAGUUUAACAACAGCAACUAGUUGCCACUCAAAUCCAUGUUCAUCUGUUGAGAAUCUUGCAAUCACCCAAAAACCUAGAAGUUUUUCGUUGUCGGGAGACAGUCUCCGAACAAACUUAACAUCACAUAGUUCAGAAACUCGUCUUGACGACAUAAUAAAGCCAAAUCAUGUAAGAUAUUCACAUAAAGUUGGUAUGAGUGGAAUUGGCCAAUGGCUUAAGACUUUAAGAUUGCACAAGUACGUCUGGCUUUUUACCAAUCUCACAUAUGAACAAAUGCUUGAUAUUACUGAAGACUAUUUAGAAAAUUUAGGAGUUACAAAAGGUGCAAGGCACAAAUUAGUUUUAUGUAUCCAAAAGUUAAAGGAUCGAUCUUCUUUGUUAUAUCAAAUUGAAAAUGAUUUGAUGACUGGGGUAAAACAACCUCAUCAAGUAUUAGAAGAUAUGACAACUAUUGUAACGACGCCAAUGAAACCGGUCGAUGUCUACAAUAAAGAUGAUGUUGCAACUUUAUUUUAUAAAGUUGUGGACGCAAUUGUAUCGAUGGUAGCAUCUAAACCGAUUUAUAAUCAACAAGACGAAGAUACUAUUAAUGUGGUUCUUUGGUUGCUAGAGCGUUCAUUACAUAAUGAAGCUUUUAUGGCACAGACUAAUCAACUAAAAGAACAUAAAUUUAAAUUGAGUAAAAUUAAAAAUCAAUAUUUUUCUUCAAAAGGACAUUACAACAAAAAUAGCGUGAAUAACAAUGGUUUAAACAAAUUACGAUGGAAUAACAAUCAAAAACAUAAAUCUGGUAGCUCUGAAGGUUUGAAGAUGCAUCGAAAAAAUUCUAACAAUAUGCAAAAUUUUCCAAACUUUUCUGCAAAACACAACAACUAUCUUUCAAAUAAUCAAAACGCAUUACAUCAAAAUUCAUCACAUGUAAAUAAUAACAAUAACUACUAUAAAAGUUCUUCCUAUCCAAAUUUCACAUCUUCAAAUACAAGAGUAUUAACGAGCAAUGUGCUGAACAGUGUAGUGACUUACAACGAGAAGGAUGUAUAUCCUCUUCGUCCAUCAUCUGGAAGCCAGGAAGUACAAAAUCGUGAUAUUCAAAACGUUGUCCAUGAAUUUAAUGAAUCAUAUCGACACUCGAUUAGCAAUUUGAUAUCGAUGCAGCCUUUAAUUAUGCAGCAACCAAUACAAAUAGUUUCUGAAGCUAAGCCGAAAAAAGUCGACAAAACAGUUUUGGUUAAAUGUGGAUCAAAGUCAGAGACAACCAAUGAAGCUAAUCAAAAAAAUAAAGUUAGCAGUAUUGGUGACAUAAACAGUCGUCUUGAAUUUUUAUGUUUACAAAUGACAGAACAAGCAAUUAAUUAAAUCAUUCAUACAAAUUUUCUCAACCAUAAACAUAAAAAUAUUAUAUUUUAUAAAGGUCUUAUAUUCAAUGAUGAUUUAUAAAAACGCUUAGUUUAUUUAUUAACAAAGCAUUGGUAAAAAAUGUUCAAUUUUUAUUAAUUGAAUAAUUUAUGUUAUUUUUGUGUUAGUUACAUAAACACUACAUAAUAAUUUUAUUUAAAAUCCUAGUGAAAUGAAAAUUUUUGAAUGUGUGAUACGUUAUAAAAAGCAACAAAAUUGGUUGUAAUUAUUUAAGUUGUUCAAAAAUAUAGUAAAGUUACUUGUAUUUAUUAAUUACGUACUACAUGUUGACCUUAUCGUUUGAAAAAAAAUAACGAUUAAAUAAAAAAAUAUUUACAA